AUUCAUUAUCGUGAAAAAAUGGUUUUAAAAUGGAAUUAUAUAAUAUAUGCAUGCAGCGUAUUUUACUGCAUGUACGCAGUACUCUCGUCAGAUAUCAUAUCGUUUGAAGCAAACGCAACGUUUGUAGAAAACAGCAGCACAGUCCUUCUUAAGUGUUUAUCUCAAAAACAGGCGUUGGACAUACGUUUCUAUAGAAACGGAAGUUAUCUCGGAUCAUGUAAUAUCUUUGGUUGCCAAACUAUAAGUACCGAUUACAUAAUAAUACAGAACACUUCUAGCGACAAUUACAUCGAGAAUUAUCUGACCAUAAAACGUUUCUCAGAAACAAUGACUGGAUCGUACAUAUGUAGAUCGUCGGAUAUUAGACAUUAUAAAAUGAUUAAUCUUACUCUUGCAGUUCCUAUUACGUAUGUGAAUCUAAACCCGACAAACGAUCCAGUGUCGGUCAUUGAUAACACCAGUUAUCAGUUUGAAUGUGAGACAUCCAUUUGUCGCCCAUACGCUACAGUGAAAUGGUAUAAAGACAACAGAACUAUCGAUGACAUUGCUGACGACAUUGACCUUACACACCUAUCAACAUCAAGGGUAGAAAAUGAAGUUACAAGAAGCGUUCUACAAGUUCAGCCAACAAAAGUCGACCACGGAAUGAGAUUGUUUUGUCUUGCUAAUAACGGAGGUCCUGACAUAUAUUCUUCGAAGCAAAUUUUGGAUGUAUUGUAUGAACCGAGCAUUCCAAAGUGUCAAUUCAAUAGCUCAAUUGUGAAUGAAAAUAUCUAUAUACGGGAAGGUCAGGAUCUCAGCAUUGAAUGUUCAGCUGAUGGUUAUCCACCCCCUUUUCUGAUUUGGACGUACCCUGGAGGAACUUUCUCCGGUCCUACCCUUAGUUUAAGAAAGGUUGCAAAAGAUGCGAGUGGGAAUUUUACAUGCUCUGCCCAAAAUACUUUGAAACCAACCUAUGGACUAGAAGUCACGCGCGCUACAAGCUUUACCUUUGUUGUUAAUGUUUACGCUCCGAUCGAUGACGUAUUUAUUUCUUCACCAAAAAAGAAUGUGGUCGUCUUACACGACAGCGAAGAGCUUAUUGUGAAGUGCGAAUGUUUAGAUGGUAUUCCAAAAGCAACGUUUGAAUGGUCUUUAGACAAUGCAACUAAUGGCAACAAGACCGAUGACAAACUUGUUGCAAAUGAUAAUGGCGUUAGCCUCGACCAUCAAUUUCAAAAUGGUACAACUGUCGGUUAUAUUGCAUACAAAGCCAAGCCUUCUGAAAGCGGAAUGAGACUAUAUUGUGUUGCAAGGACUGCAGUUAAUGAACUUAAAGCAAGUAAUUCUGUGCUGCUGGCUAUAACUGCCCUUGCCUUGGUCGUUUUCUACAUGUUGGAGGUCAUUUUAGCCCUUGCCUUGGUCGUUUUCGACAUGUUGGAGGUCAUUUUAGCCCUUGCCUUGGUCGUUUUCGGCAUGUUGGAGGUCAUUUUAGCCCUUGCCUUGGUCGUUUUCGGCAUGUUGGAGGUCAUUUUAGCCCUUGCCUUGGUCGUUUUCGGCAUGUUGGAGGUCAUUUUAGUCCUUGCCUUGGUCGUUUUCGGCAUGUUGGAGGUCAUUUUAGUCCUUGCCUUGGUCGUUUUCUACAUGUUGGAGGUCAUUUUAGUCCUUGCCUUGGUCGUUUUUGGCAUGUUGGAGGUCAUUUUAGCCCUUGCCUUGGUCGUUUUCGGCAUGUUGGAGGUCAUUUUAGUCCUUGCCUUUGUCGUUUUCUACAUGUUGGAGGUCAUUUGA